CGCGUUGCGAAGGACCCCAAGUUGUCUAUGGUGCCCCUUUGGAAAAGGGAUCGCCAUCUCUAUGGGCCGCAGCAAAGAUGCUCCCUGCCCCAAGUCCAGAACCCAGAGCAGGCAUUAAAAAGGUUUCUCACCUGCCAAGUCCCAUUGCAGCGUGGUUAGGCAGCCUUUCUCCGGGCUACUCUGUAAAUGAAAAACGACUGCCAGUACCCAGUCACCAGCGACAGCCUUCAGAUACCUCAGAGCCCACAGGUUUGGUACAGCGGUGUGUAAUUGUCCAGAAAGAUGAGCAUGGCUUUGGUUUCACUGUCAGUGGGGAUCGCAUUGUGCUGGUGCAGUCUGUCAAACCUGGGGGAGCUGCCAUGCGGGCUGGACUGCAGGAGGGAGAUCGCAUCAUCAAGGUUAAUGGCACACUCGUAACAAACUCCUCCCACAUUGAAGUGGUGAAACUCAUAAAAUCUGGAGCUUAUGUUGCAUUGACUUUGCUGGGGCCCCCACCCUCAACAACGAGUCUUCCGUUGCAGCAGGAUCCAUCUACGGGCUCAACUAAGAAUUCACAAGCUAACCCUUCAUCUCCUUUACCACCCUCACCAAUGGCACUACCAUACUCAUCCUCAAGGAUUACUGAACCACGCCCACUACAGGAUCCUGGGAUGCACAAACACGCUACUCAGAUCUUGAAAAAUAUGUUGAAGCAGGAAGAGGCAGAGCUUCAGAGGAUGGAAGGGGAUCGCCACAGAGACCCUUCACUGGAAGAGAGGAUUGAAGGUGCCAAAAAGAGGGUCAGCCUACUACAGUUUAAAAUUCGGCAAGAAGCAGCAGCUUCUAUGGAUUCAUUCAGAUCACAAUCAGAAUCAAGUGCAAUAUUUCCUAGAGGCUCAGAAGUACAUGCUUCCUUAGAUUCUCAGGAUGGAGACAGUGGAUUAGACUCUGGCACAGAGCGGACCUUUUCUCUAAGUGAGGGUUCCAUGAACCGGCACUCACUUUUAUCUGAUGGUGGGAGUGACAGUCCAUGGAUGUUAGACCACCAUCGAACAGAAUCAGACACACUGUUCAGCUUUCCAACUGACCAGGGCUCCAGCAGGGAAAUCAUUGGGCCAGAAGAAGAGGAAUAUGAUGCUGACAAUUUUGAGGAGGCAGAUGGUUCUUUCCAGGAUCUAGAGUCUCUGAAGCUUCGACCAGCACACAUGGCAGUCUUCUUGCGCUUUCUCUUCUCUCAGGCAGAUCCAUGCCCUCUGCUGUUUUAUCUGUGUGCUGACGUUUGCCAUCAGUCUGCACCUAAAGAUGCUCGGAAUUUGGGGAAGGAAAUCUGGAGCACGUUUUUGGAUACCAGUGCACCACUGAAAAUAAAGAUUCCUGAAAACCUGACAACUGAAAUUGAGGCAAGUCUGCGGAGCCCAGAAGAGGUUCGCCUCAUCUUUGCUGAGGCACAAGAGUGUGUACUCCCUGAAAUCCAGCAUCAGAUCCAGGAUUACAGGUCAAAGAGAAUGAUGGGGCUUGGAAACCUGUAUGGCGAGAACAACCUUACCAACCUUGAUGGAGAUGGAUCUCAGGAGCGUCAGCUAGCAGAAAAACUGAUAAACCAGCUUAGGGAAAUUCUAACCAAGUAUGAAGAAGAACGAAGUGGUCCCAUGGCCUUUGCAAUGAAUACGUACAUGCGUCACGUCGGGCUAAAAGUGCGAGAGAUGCGUCCCUCAAGCUUCAUGGAAAAAACAGAGAAGGACAAAUGGCUUCCCUUUUUCCCUAAACCUAAAAAGCAGAGUGGUGCAAAAAAGGAGAAGGAGCGAGAUAACUUGGACGACAAGAAAAGAAACCCUAUCUUGAAGUACAUUGGGAAACCUAAAGGAGGCUCCCAGAGCACAUUUCAUGUUCCUUUGUCUCCUCCUCCUUCAGAAGUUAAGCCUGGCAACGUUCGGACCAUUAUUCAGCACUUUGAAAAUAAUCAUUACCCAGAACUUGUGGAAUCAGGCCAGCAGCGGCUUUCAACUGGCAGCAUUCCUGAGGACUUGCUCGAUUCAGACAGUGGUAUCAAAAUUGAGGUGAAACUCGGUCGUUCGGAGAGCCUAAAAGGGCGGGAGGAGCUGAGGAGAUCUCGGAAGGGAGACAAUGUGCCACGGUCGAGGAGUGACGUCGAUAUGGAUGCUGCUGCAGAAGCCAACAGACUGCACCAGUCUGCAUCAUCAUCUGCUUCAAGCCUGUCUACAAGGUCCUUGGAAAACCCCACACCACCUUAUACACCAAAGAGUGGACGAAGGAGCAUGGAUUCCCCAAACCCUUUAAUAUAUGGUGUGGAGAAUUUUCUGCAGCAACAUCCUGAUGAUGAUCUUGGGCGGUUAUCUGAUAUGGAGCUGGAGCCUGAGUUGCACACAUGGCAACAGACAGUUGGGCGAGACAUUCUGUCGCAGCUGGAACAACGGGAGAUUGAUCGACAGGAGGUUAUAAAUGAGCUCUUUUUGACAGAAUCUUCUCAUUUGAGAAUCCUACGAGUUCUGGACCAAAUUUUCUACCAACGUAUGAAGAAAGAGAACUUCCUUAGUCGGGAUGAAUUGACACUGCUGUUCCCUAAUCUUCGUGAAGUCAUUGAAGCUCACAAUUCACUGUUGGAAUCCAUGUGGACACUAAGAGAAGACAGCCCUGUUUUGAAAGAGAUUGGUGACAUCAUGUUGGCUCGGUUCGAUGACAUAGCAGGACAAGAGUUUCAGCAGGUGGUGGCUAACUUUUGCUGUAAUCAAUCCUUGAGCUUAGAAAUGAUUCGCCAGAAACAGAAGAGAGAUCAAAGGUUUCAGAUUUUCAUGCAGGAUGCAGAAAGUAACCCACAAUGCCGACGACUGCAGUUGAAGGACCUUAUUGUGGCAGAGAUGCAAAGGCUGACCAAGUAUCCAUUGCUUCUGGAAAACAUCAUGAAGUACACUCCUGGACAUAGCACUGAGCACAGAAAGUUGCUUCUUUCUCGAGAUCGCUGUCGAGAAAUCCUGCGGUAUGUUAACGAGGCAGUAAAAGAAGCUGAGAACCGGCAACGCCUUGAGGAUUAUCAGAAACGCUUGGAUACCACUCCACUUGACAGGAUUGGCGGCCCACUGCCCAUGGAGUUGAAGCAACUUGACCUUACCACGAAGAGAAUGAUCCACGAGGGGCCUUUGACGUGGCAAAUCAGCAAGGAUAAAACUAUUGACAUACAGGUGUUGCUGCUUGAGGAUCUUCUAGUGCUGCUUCAGAAACAAGAUGACAGAUAUUUAUUAAAAUUCCACAUCAAGGCAGUGACAGCAAAUGUGAAGCAGGCACUCAAUCCUGUUCUCAAGUUGAAAUCAAUGCUGGUACGAGAUGUUGCAACAGACAAAAGGGCCCUGUUUAUCAUAAACGCAGAAGGCGAACUUCCACAGAUCUAUCAACUCGUGGCAGGAACUUCUUUGGAAAAAAACACUUGGAAAGAAUUGCUAGAUACUGCAAUAAAGCAUGCAUCAGGAAAUAAGCAUUCUGAGGUACCUUAUCGGAAUCCUGAGAUUAGAGCUCAUGUGACAGUCGCAACAAAGGUAAAGCUGCCACCAGAUCCACAGCAUUCUCCAGAUAUUUCACCUCAGAAGAAACCCCCAGAUCCCCCUCCAGAUGACAAUCAUUCAGAUAAUGUUGUAGCAUCUCAGCUGAGACAUACAGAUGGACAGGAUGAUGAAGUUGCUACACCAACUCAGCCAGGAGGGUUCAAGGAGGAAGAACUAGAAGGCAUGGCAUCUGUAUUCCACUACCCUGCAGCAUAUGAGAAGGGGGUUGCAGAUUCUGCACUUGAGGAUGUGGACAUCCUGCGAAGAUUAAUCUUGCACAAUGAAUCACUUCCAGUGACAUCAGCAGAGCACAGACAACUUCCAAAUGUCUCCCAAGAGGCGGAGGAGGAGGACAUCACACCUACCCCUUCCCUUCCUGGUGCAGGAGAGGGAGCACAGGUCCAAGGCUGGACUGAACAAAUGGACAAUCAGGCCAAAGGCUGGACUUCUGAAUCACAGGAUCAUCUAAAUGAGGAAUAUGUGAACAGCAUGCACUUGGAAAGUGGAGAUUCUGCACUUAACAUUCAUUUAACUGAGUUUGUUAGGGAAGGUUGCUGUGAUGGAGAACACACGGACAGCACAAAUUUCUCCACAGACAAUUACCCACAUGAUGUGGGAGAUGCACAGUCAGAAACUCAGGACAAGGAAAUACUUCCAGUAGGAACUCAGCCGUCUUUCCACCAGGGCAGCUUUAAAGUGGUCCGGAAAGAAGGGGAAAACAGUGAGGUUGAUGAUGUCAUGAAAGCACUUUCUAACGACACUGAAGCAAGAAUGGAGUCGCAAGCACUGGAGACAGCAAAAGAAGCCUAUGUGGAUGGAAAUUACUUCUAUUUAGCCAUGCCUACUGGGCCUCAGGAAUCUACAACUGACUGCGACAGCCCAACACCAGCUGUGCAAGAAGAGGAACCACGGUCCAAAGAUGUGUUACCUCUAGAGAUGACCAUUCCCUCUGUUCCACAGAGCCUCAUGAUUCGGGAUGUAGAGGAAGUCUUCCAUACCAUUGAGCAGUUGACCUUGAAGCUCCAAAGGUUAAAGGAAAUAGAAAUCGCACACUGCAACCUACUGAAAUCCUUGGGGGAAAAUAGGCAUGAAAGGAUUGCUGUCAGUAGCCCAGUUACAGAUGCUGAAAGUGUAACGGCAUUGAAACCAAGCAAUAGUCCAUCUCUAACCAGGAAGCCAAGUUCCACGUCUUCAUCCUGCGAGGAGGGCAGCAGUUCUGGAACAGCAGUUCGCACCCCUUCUUUGAUGUUAUCCACUGGAUUUUAAGCUGCACUGUAUGGUAAAAAAGGGAAAAAGUGAGCCGUGAACAUGGUAAAAUGCAAAGAACACCCAUCUUCCCUAUAAGAGUGACCGACAUACAGAGAAACAGAAGUGUCCGGUCCUGAGAGAACUGGGGAUACAGAAGGGUGAAAGCUUGCAAGGAAACUGUAGAAUGAAAAGUUCCACAUCUUCAUUAAUGGAGGAUGAAGAGAAAUGCUGAAAACAUCAACAGUUUCCCUGGUGACAGGUGGAAAAACUUAAGGGAAACGUACUGGUCUUGAAACAGUAAAAUGAAAACACAGCUGGUGUAAUUCCUGUACAGAUAGAGCAGAGAACCCAAAACACUACAGCCCUUUCCUGUAUUACUCCUUCCUUUUGGGUUCCUGUUUUAGUUCUGACCAGUUAUUUGCCUCCACUAGUGUUACACUACUGGGGAGAAAGAAGGAUGAAUGCUGUUGGGGACAUUAUUUAUGUAGUUUUUGUAAACAAAAAAAGAAAAAAGUCUGCAAAUAAGACUUUAGUAGAAAGAAGGUGCUCGAAUGGGGGAUUGUUAUCUGUCAUUUUUUUGGUCAACUCAUUGACUUAGGGUUGUAUUCAGAACCCACCUCAUUGCUUUCCAUCCAUUCAGAUUGACUUCUUUCCUUUUUGGUCUCUUGUCUGCUGACUUUCUUUACAGCUGCAUGCAUUUUGCUUGUUUUUAUUCUCUUUGUUUAAGACUGACAAAGGUUGGCCAUAGUGCCGUGUCAGAAAUGGGGCUUUGCCUGCCAGCACUGAUGUUAUAUGGAAUGAUGCAGGUUUUGUCUCCCCUCUGUUCUUCAGGUAUUCUGAAAGACAUUUUCUUAUUAUUGAAUUGGACCUGAAGAGCUAUUGGAGAUUCUAUCUGUAUAAACCAUCUGUUAGGUUUGAAUUGUGAGCCCCCCCCCCCCAAAGACACACAGCUACAGUCUAGAUUCAUUUUGCAAUACUGUGAUUAAGCUGCUCUUCCAUUCAGGUCUUUCCAAGUUAAGAGUUUAAUGUAAACUAUUUUCAUUGAGGGGAAAUAGUGUGGUUUCCUGUCUGGUCUGUAUCAGCUGGGAUUCAUGUUAUAACUGUUUACUUUAUUAAUGUCCCCAGUUUGCUUGAUGUGCACCUGCCUUCCUGCUUGUGUUUCUUUAACUCUAGUACACAAAUCUCUUUUGUCAAAGAAGUUUGCAACAUCACUCCAGUGUUGUAUAUACUGCUGCCAUUAAGGCUGGUGUGCUUUUCUGAAUGUUGUUGACUAGUCUUUCUUGUACACAAGUCACACCCCUUUUUCUGAUGGUAUAUGAAGUCUGACUUCAUUUUACCCUUCACUUUUGUUUCAGUCAGCAGUUUCUUUGUCUGAAGCAGGUCAUUCAUUUAUUCAUUCCCUUUUAAUGUGCAUUUAGCCGGGAUAUGUUGCACCUUCUGCCGUUUGUACACAGUGUAAUCUCAUAUAUAAAUACCGUCAUUCCUGUUUGUACAGUUUGGUUCUGUGUAUAAAUUUGCACCUUCGUCUUUGUCUGUGUAUAGUUUGCUUAUGUAUAUAAGUCAUACCCCAAUUCCCCAUCAGCAUAUAAUUAUCUUGGCUUUGUAUAUAUUGUAAUAUUCUUUAAUAUACACUCAUUAUGUUUUAUGCUAGUACACAAUUCACUCCAUCUCUAGUCUUUUUUUUUCUGGUUUCAUAAUUCACAUGUUAAGCUGCCUUUUUAUAUUCUGUUUUUUUAUGUAUGUAUAAGAUUCCCAUGUUUGAGUUUCAUGUUCUUUUUACUCAUGUCUCAGUUUAACUCUUUUGCAUCUUGUGUGUAAGUUGCAAAAUCAGUGGCAAAAUCCUGUUGAUCUUCACACAGUGGUAGUAGCACUAUUGUGUACCAUAGUGGCACCCUGUGUGUGUGAGGGCAAAAGUCAGGAAACAGUAACCAGAGGAGGCAACACCAAGUAUUCAGUAAUAUGUAGCAUGUAUUGUGUAGUGGGACUGCUUAGUCUGAGACCAGGGGAGAACAUGUAGACCCUCAAAGGGAAGAGGAUAUGGGGGGGGGGGUUGUAUGACAUGUGGUGCAUGCUAGUACCACUGCAUCUACACGCCACGUUAUGCCACUGAAUGCUGACACCUCAGGGAUAGAAUGUGUGGCAGAAAUAAAGUGCUGAGUAGCAGAGCUGGCUGUCUACUCCAGUGUUGUCUUGUAGUAUUAUGUAACCAGUUUGUUUGUGAGAAGGCCAGCGGUGCUUAGUUCCUGGUAGAAGAGAGUCUUUAAGGAAACAGCUCAGUGGAAAAUGAUGCAACUGUUAGGCUGGCCAACAGACAUGGAGAUGUUUUCUGCAGCUGCGCAGGAAUAGCUAGGGCCAGCAAUUCUGACCUGAUAAGUCUAAAAAUCACUGUAGUACUUCAAAGCAGUGGGCAUUAGAAAUCUUGUCAAACUGUUAAUGUUUGGAAGCAGGACUAUGAAAAAAUAUAUAUUUUGUGGUGCAUAUUAUUUUAGCUGUCAGAACUUCACUUUUCUUUUAGAGUUGCCUUAUACUGCAGAUGCCACAUUUUUAAUUGGUUUUAAAUUUAUAUUCAAAAUGCUGACAUUUUUAUUUUCCUUUUUGAGUAGAUGAAGACUUUUAGUUUCUCAUUAUAAAAAGCAGUGUUGUUUCUUUUAUAAGCUGAGUAAGAUAGUAUAACUGCUUGGUAAGCAGAACCAGAAGUAUCACCAGGUGUUUUUCAGAAAAUGCGUUUUAGGUUUUAAUCCUAGUAAUAUCUUAGUUUUCCCACAUCCUCUUAAUAUCUACAUAAAAUUUUUGAAUUCCAUGCCUCAUAGUCUGUGUUGGUUAUAGCACAGUUGCACAUUUAGGGUGGUAUCUACCACCUGUUUAUAUGUUUCAUGAAGUUGGGGACCAGCAAUGAGAAGGUACUGUAAGGACCAUGAAAUAAGUUAUUGUCUUAAUUUUAGCUAUUGCCAAAUAAACAGUAGAAAUUCCAGUGCUGUGAUAUUUAUUAAAAAAAAAAUCCCCUUUCUCUUGAGCCUGACUGUACUUUAUCGUCCAGCAUUAUCACAAAACUUACUUUUGUGAACUUAUUGCUUAUCCUUUACUAAAGUUGUACCAUAUAGGUCACUGUCAUGCUAAGUGUACCUGAGUUUUUGUCCCUAAAUUUGCAUUUUUGCCAGUGGAAAAUGUUUGAUCCCUGCAGCUGCUAACACACCACUCAUUAACGUGGCCAACCUUGCUGGCCUUCCCUUUUUGAUGAAGGAAUGUUUAUUCUUGGUUUGACAGUCCUGUGCUUGAAUGGCCCCCAGAAGGACAGCUUCCACAUUUAAGGGUACCUUAUGUAUGAGACGUUAUCCAGUACAGCACUGCUACCUGAUCUACAUGACUCGUAGACGUUCAUCAUUUUUGGAAAAGCCUGCCAGAGUCCCCUUUGUUUUUAGACUUUCAAGCAUUUUCAUUGUUUUAAUAGUAUAUGUGUGCUUUACUGGCCUUUCUGCAUAUGGAGCUAAAGACAUUUGACUACACCUUCUGCCUCAAAGCCUAUUCAGACUGGGCAGUUAUGCAGGUACAGUUGCAAUUCUGUCCCAUUACUUGUGUAACUAUUUCCAUAUUGUGCAGUACUAUUUGCAUGUUUUUAAUUUUUUAAUUUGAAAUUAAUUUUGGUAAUAUACUAUGAUGUCAGAACCAUCUGUUAAUUUGGCAGCCACAUACAGUAGCAAUGAAGUCCCUUGAACUGUGCAUAAAAGUGACAAGCAAACUAGAGACUGCCUUCAGCUGAUAGUGAACCCAUAUGGUUUUACACAAGACUUUUUUGUGUUGAUGGUGCAGUAUUUUCUCUUGGAGUAAAUUGUAGUCUUUUUAGUGUACUGUACAUACAGAUCUUGUGUCUGUUUGGACAUGUUCCUUAAUUGCACAGUAAAUAAUUAAGAGAGAAAAGAGCACAGCUUCAGUCUGAUAGAAUGUAAGACAUUACCUGAAAGGUAGGUUGUCAUGUCAGUAGUGUGCAUGUGCCGUGCAUACUGUUGACAUGGCAACAAUGUGCCUGUACCAUGUGUGCUUGUGGUGCUGAAACUGGGAAGUGCACUGCAAACAUAGCUACGUGUUUCAGCGUAGUAGCAUUUCAUUUUAGAAAUUACAUUACUUACAAUCCCAUUGUAAUAUUUUGGGGAAAAUGUAGCACACUAUGAUUUUACUGUGUUGUUUAUGCAAAACAUACCUCGGGUGUCUUGCUAGCUUGAUGGCUUUUACUGAAGCAGAGAAUUCCAUUCAUACAUGCAGAUGGGUAUUGUCAGUGUAAUUUGCUCCAUGAUUCCUGUACCCAAACCUGACUGGAUAAUGUCUUCACAUCCCCAUAUUGGAUUGUACAUUGUAUCAUCUGGUGUGCUUCUUAUGCUUGUACAUAUGUACUACAUUUGAUUUCUUCUGGCUUUCUAAUAUGUGUUGUAUGAAAAUCACUCUGUUAGCAGUCUGAGCAGAGGAAGCUUUGUGUAGUUCACCUCUUGUCUCUUCUGAUGGCAUAAUAUUGUUUCAUCUGCAAGCCAUUUCCUUUCCCCUUCUCGCUAAUUUACCCUGUCAACACAGGCAUUGUUUUUGUUUGUAUCAAGUUCUUAUUUAUACAUUACAAUUAUUUAUUAACAUACACUACUAAUAUGAAUGAUGUAGCAUAUAGCAUAAGCUCAUAAAUGACUUGCUGUUGGUUGUUCCUUUCAUUCUAAAAAAAAAUACACUACUGUAGUCGUAUGCAAACUCUACCGUUACUUUGCUGGUGCACUUGUCUCCUCAGCUGCACUGCUGCCUUUUCGUUAUUUAUCGAAUCAGCUAGCUUGACAUGUCUUGUCUCUUGUUGGUUUUGGUACUAUUUGAGUGUGAAACCACAAGUGCCAGGUUUAUAAAAGGAUUAUCUAGGUGGAAUUCCAGUGUUUCUAGUUCCAUUCAUAAGAAUCAUUUCUUUUACUAAGAGUUCCAGAACAUGGCUUUAGGGAUUCUAAUUCAUGCACCGGUCCAUAAGCAGAUAACUUGAUUGACUGCAACUAUUCUGUUCAGUUGUCACAUGUGGCUUGGUUUGAUGCUGUUGUGGAAAGGAAAAGGCUACAUUUGAUUAGAGACUGGAUUAUUACCAUUGGCCUCAGAUCCAUUGAAGGCAAAGUAACAGUAGUUCAGGCUUGCUAAAGAGAAUUAUCAUUUCUGAGUGAAAUUUUCUCCUGACUGAACUCCCUUGUGGGUCUGUGCAAAUAAGACACCAAUGAAUUUCAGAUUCAUUUUGUUUUGUAGUGGGGUUAAUGUUCUCUCCCUAUCCCCAUUUACCAAGCCAUAGGAUAUUCAUAGUGGCCUACACAUCAGAUAUGUGUAGUCUUUCUUACUUAAACAUCUGGUAUGAGAGGGCUUUACCCACACAUUCAUUUUUUUUUAAAUGUAAUUGGAAAUGUGUGGAAAAGAGCCCCUGAGAAUGAAAAUGACAAACCCUGCCUUUGUUCUGGCUGUUCCCUUAGUGAGUAGUCUGGUUGAUGCAUAGAAUAUUUACAGCCUUAGCAUGCAUAAUUGAUAUGCUUCAUAAUUUCAGAAGCAUUCCGUUGGGAACAGACACCUGGAUUUCUUAACCGAACGUGGAAUGCCAUCUGGUGAAGUCCCAUAAGGAAUGUGAAACUAACAUUUACCCUGCCAAAUCAGUAUGUACCAGUGCAAGGAAUAUGAAGUGUAAAGACAUCUGCGAUGCACCUUAAUAUGUCCUUGUGUGUCAAGCUGCAAGUGAGGUGUUUAAACUGUAGUAAAAAAAAGAUAUGGUAAAAAAAUUAGUUUUCCUUGGAUAAAAAGCAACAACCUUCUGCACUCCCUAAAACCAGUUAAAAUCUUCUUACCCAGUCUAUCUUGGCACCUUCCUCACAGCUCCUCUGGUUGAUCACAGGUGCUCUUUUAUUUUCUGGCAUGAAAAUGAAACUGUGUACACUAAACUAUUUAAAAAGAAAUCAACCCUGUAAAAGCUGGAAAUAAAAGAUUUUUUUAUGUUUUUAUUUUUCCAUUUUUGUGAAAUAGUCUGCCUGAGAUUUUUGUUACUUUGUUCUGCUGUAUUAUAUAUGUAUUAUCCUCAACAGAAACCUGUACAAUUUUGAGCUGUUAUUAAAUGAAAGUUUUAUGAAGUAAAUAUCUUCAAUUAAACACAUUUAGAAAAAGA